GGGACCGGCACGGCCGGAGCGGGAGCGCAGGGAAAUUCUGGCCUUGCGGGAGGCGCUGUUCGCCGGCAGGUGAGGGGCCCUCAGCCAGGGAAGAGACUCCAAACGAACCAAAAGCCCGAAAAGAGCCAGAAGGAGAAGAUGGAGGAAGCAGAAGAGGAUGACAUGGCAUGCGGAGACUUGGGGAACGGGCUUGGGAGAAGACCGGGAGGUGUUUAUGAAGGGGAAAACUUGCUGAAUUACUAUUCAGUUAGGUCUAGGAAGGGAUCUGGAAAGACCUGUAGCUCCCCCCUGUCAGCAGAGGAAAGCGAUGCUGCAGCUCUUCCUGCUGCAAAACGAAACAGCCUUUUCGAGGGAUCGCUCAAAAAACCUGCCUCUAGCUCCACACGACACAAUAGCUGUGAAUCUAAUACUGAAGUGUCAAAUGAAGAACUGAAGCAACAACUUCAGGGAGCUCUGGAGGAAGUUGAAAUUCUGAAAGUUGAGCUUGAAGCAUCUCGAAGGCAGCUCGAAGGAAAAGAUGAAGCCCUGAGAAUCCUGCAGAGCAUGGCAGUGUUUGAUAAAGCCACAAGCCACACGAAAGCAAUGCUUCAGAAAACUGAGGAGGAAAAGAGGACUUUGGAGAAGGAAAUAAAUAUCUUGCAGUGGGAAAUUGAAUUUGAUCAGGACAGAUUUAAAAACAUAGAAGACACCUGGACAGAAAAAUAUGACAGGAUAUACUGUGAAAAUGCAGCUCUUAAGGAAGCAUUGAAACUGAGGACAGAAGAAGUUAAAACACUCAGAGCUGAAAAUGCAAUCCUGAAGCAGCAGUGCCUGGAAUUCCUUGCAAUGCUAGACGUGAAACAGCAGAAGGUUUUUCAGGAGAGCAUGCUGUUGAGUGAAAGUGACAUUACUGAUUUUACGGGUCUUGAACUGGCCGUGCUGGGAGCCUGCAGCUGCAGUCCUGCUGAGGGGCAGCCCUGUCCCUGUGCCAGAGUGGCGGCUCUCACUCGGAAGCAGCUCCUGCAUCUCAAGCAAGAGAUUGAAGAGGUGAAGAAGAGUAAGGAUGAGGCGUUCGUCAUGGCAGAUGCCUUCAGAAUUGCGUUUGAGCAGCAGCUGAUGCAGAGGAAGGACCAGGCCCUGAGGCUGGCAGAAGUGAUAAACGUGAAGAAGGAAACCAGAUUUGCGAACUGGAGACGCCUGCGAGGCACUGAGCGAGUCAAGCUCCCGGGGAACAAGACCAACCUGGGGCGGAAACUAUCGAGCCUGCUGUCGUCAGAUGGGGACUGCAGGAAGGUGGAGGAGCUGGACAACCCCCACGAAAUCCUGCGGAUGCUGAUAGAUCUGGUGAACGACAAGGAGGAGGCCCUGGCGCACCAGCGCAAGGUCAGCUACAUGCUGGCACGGGCGGCCGAGGCCAGGGCGGCAGGGCCGGGGCAGGAUGCGACGGGAAGGUGUUGGCUCGGAACCCCCAGCCCUGCGGCCGCCCCUCAGGCCGAUGGUCACCCUCAGGCCGAUGGUCACCCUCCGGCUGAUGGUCAUGGCCUCCCCACGCCGAGCAGCGCUCCUGGCCUGCCCCUCAGCGGAGCAGCCACACGGCGCCGCAGGCCGCGCUCCUGGCCCUCGGCACUCGGGCACCGCGAGGGAAUGCAGGAGGUCUCGCUGCAGCGACUCCGCCCAUUUCCGCACACCACGCCCACUCGCGCUGUCCGUCAGAAGCGUGGCCCCGCCCCUUCCCCGGCUGCGCCCCACGCCGGCCGUGGCGGGAAGCGCACGCGCAGGGCGGGGAUGGGCGCGGUCGCGGUGACGUCACGCGCGGGCGCGGCCGCGCAGGCGCGUUGCGCACAGCGGAGGGUCGAGGCCGCCGCCCGGAGCCGCCGGCGGGGCCGGGGCGGGCCCUGA